GUGGCGGUGACCUCCAGGCCAAAACCUGACACGCAGCCGCCUGCCUACGUGAUGACUCUGUUGCUGGUGGGCCGCUGGGCCUUUCCCCUUGCCUUGUGGUGCGGUGUUGGCACGUGGGCAGCAGCUCCCACGCUACGUCGCUGGGAAAGCGCGGAGCGUCUGCGCUGGAUUCCACGCAUUCUGGUUCUGGACUAUGGUGAAGAUGACCGGCUGUUUGCAACACUUUGCAUGACAAUGGUCCUCGCCGCCUUGCCUGUCGUCCUGCACCUCGUGCAUGGCGCCAACUCCGCCAACCUUUGGACAAGCCUUCUUCCCGUUCUGUCAGCCGCGAUGCCCCUAAUGUGCCUGAAGCUUGAGUUCGUAUGUCUCAAGAGCUGCUGGGCGCGAUUCUGGCCACCGACCGAAGAUUUGCUGGCCGUCGAGACGCACGUGCCUUGGGUUGUAGCCACGCUUGCAAUGAACACAAGCUUCAUCGUCAACUACUCCCUCUGGCUCUUGGCAGGCCGCAUGGCUGUCUGGAUAGCGCCCGUGAUGAAUCGAAAGCGAAUCAUCCAACAGCAGGACGCUGACUCCAUCAUGUUUACAGCGCUGGAAGCGGCUGCUGCUGUAGCUGCGAUCUUGCACUGUCCCAUGAUUUUACGCAGUCUUUUGGCCGCCGCAGGGCGGGAGCCGGCAGGCGAGGAAGACGUGCAGGUUGAGAAGUGGUCACGCGUGGGAGCUAUGGCAAUCUUUGCUGCCUCCACCUGUCUCCUUUGGUUCGCAUGCUGGGGUGCUUCAUGUUCCAUGUCUGUUGUGCUAAGCUGGUCUGUGUCAGUGAUACUAUUGGCCAAUCGCUUGGGGGCCUCUUCCUGCCUGAAAUGCCUGGACUUUGCAAUUGCUUGCUCUAGGUCUCUUUUGGCUGACAUGCACCUGACCAUGUUCCAGCAGUCCUUGCGGGCUGGGGACAUCACCUUUACAAGUCGGGAGCAACAGACUCCCGCCCAGCCACUCCUAAGUUCCGAGGGUGCCUGA